AUGGAUAGGCGCUUGCUCGCUUUCAGGAAAGCAGCUGGCGAGGCAGCCAACAAGGCAGCCAACGAAGCAGCCUACGAGGCACCCAGCGAGGCGGCCAACGAGGCCUCCGACGAGGCAGCCCGCGGGGCAGCCAAAAAAACAGCCGUCGAGGCAACUGGCGAAGCAGCCAGCGAGGCGGCCAACGAGGUAGCCCACGAGGCACGAGGCAGCCAACGAGGUAGCCCACGAGGCAGCCAGCCAGGCAGCGAGGCGGUCGACAGGGCAGCCAGCAAGGCAACCAACGAGGCCACCGACACAGCACCCGGCAAGGCAACCAACGAGGCAGCCAACGAGACAACCAACGAGGCAGCCAACGAGACAACCAACGAGGCAGCCAACGAGACAACCAACGAGGCAGCCAACGAGACAGCCAACAAAGCAGCCAACGAGGCAGCCAUCGAGGCAGCCAGCAAGGCAGCCAACAGGCAGCCGAGCAGGCAGGCCACCAGGAACCAGCACGUCGCAAUGCGCCGCUUGCAUGACAGCGGCAUGGGCGUCAAGAGGAUCGCCGCGGCCUUGAGCCGCUCCACGGACACCGUCUCGAAGCAUUUGUUCAAAAAGAACACGACCAAGAAGUCCAAGGGCCGCCCGAAGCAUUCCAUCCGCACCCCCAAAGGGUUUCUCGCUGCCCAGCGCGCUUACAAGAAGCUUCUGAAGUCCUCGGGCGGCACAAAGGAAGUGACGGCAGCCAUGCUGAAGUCCGAGAUGAAGUUGAAAUGCGACAUCAAGACAGUGCGCCGCGCGUUUGCUGAGAAUGGCUACCAGUUCCGCCCGCUGUACGAGAAGCCUGACCUUUCGGAUGGGGACAAGAAGGAGCGCCUGCAGUGGGCCCGCGAGCACGAGCACCGGAGCCCCAGUCAGUGGUCACAGUACGUCCACGCGCGCAUGGACAACAAGGUGUUCCAGGUGCUGCCCAAUGCGAAGUACAGGAAGGUGGCGGCAAAGCGCAAGGUUCGCGGGGUGUACAGGAAGCGCAAGCGGGACUUCUCCGUGGGCCACGUCAAGCCGAGCAACCCUAAGGUUCUCGGGCUGGCGCAAAUCGGAGACCGCGCCGAGGCCACUCAGCGCCAGGUUCUGAAGCAGAGUUCGGGCAAGGGCUCCGUGACCAUCGCGUGCGCCAUCGGCGCGGGCAAGGUGUUGAUGUGGCACCAGGUGGUCGGCAGGUGGAACGCCGCAGCCGCGGGGCGAAUGUACUCGGGGGCGCUCCAGCCCGCUUUGAAGAGGGCCUACCCUUCCGUGCGCGGCAAGUUCCGCGUCAUGGAAGACAACGACCCCACGGGCUACAAAUCUCGCUCGGGCAUGGCGGCGAAGAAGUCCGCUGGCAUCCAGACGUUGGACUUGCCGAAGCGGCCCCCUGAUCUGAUGCCGCUUGAUUUCGCCUUCUGGGCCAAUCUGAACAAGCGCAUGAGGGGGCAGGAGAAGGACUGGCCCGCGAGCAAGACGGAGACGCGGGCGCAGUACCUGGCCCGGCUGCGCCGCACGGCGUUGGCGACGCCUUCUGAGUACAUCCACAGCAUCAUGGGCAGCCUGCACAGGCGCUGCGGCUUGCUGGUCGAGGCGAAGGGCGGCCACUUCGCCGAGGGCGGUGGGAACUGA